CUCUUUCCCAAAUACACGUGACUUGCCGUACAGCCAGCAAGCUGCAGAGUUCCGGAAAUUGCUGUCAGGUGGAGACGAAUCACGUGAUUCUGCAUCCCUGUCGCUUGUAAGUCUUGGUGAGGAAAAACUGUAGAGUUUUGAUGUUUGGCCUCCCGGUUGGUAAAGGGAGGCGUGGAGAAACUUUUGCAGAAUCAGUCGAUAGUUUACUUCGGGGAAGUUAGAGGAUCUCAUCAUGCAGAAUAUGAUAAACACUGUGAAGGGGACUGCUCUAGGAGUUGCGGAGUUCCUGACACCUAUUCUUAGGGAGUCAAAGUUUAAAGAAACUGGGGUCAUCACACCUGAAGAGUUUGUUGCAGCAGGCGACCACUUGGUGCAUCAUUGUCCUACUUGGCAGUGGGCAUCUGGUGAAGAAUCAAAGGUGAAAGCCUACUUGCCAAAGGAUAAACAGUUUCUGCUGACUAGAAAUGAGUGCUGUUGGAAAAGAUGCUUUCAGCUACUGUUUUCCUCAGAAGAGGAGGGUAUCAUCACUCAGGAUACCUUUAAUGGUGGGGUAGUUGAAAUCGCCCAUUAUCUGGGUGUUACAGGGGUAACAGAAGCUGUUAAAGAAAUAACACUGGACACUAAGGAAUGCUCAAAUGUGCCUUCAAGUGUGGCAGCAUGUUGCGAAGAAGAAGAUGAUGAUGAAGGGGAAGCAGCAGACAUGGAAGAAUAUGAAGAGAGUGGUUUGCUAGACACAGAUGAGGCAACUCUAGAUACCAGUAAAGUGGUAGAAACCAAUAAUCCUAAAACUGAUGUGGUGGGAGAAGAUGCUAUCCUACAGACUAGAACGUAUGAUUUGUACAUCACGUAUGACAAGUACUACCAGACUCCUAGGCUUUGGUUGCUCGGCUACAAUGAGGAACGACAGCCUUUAACAGUAGAGGAAAUGUAUGAAGACAUUAGUCAGGAUCAUGUCAAAAAAACUGUUACCAUUGAAAAUCACCCCCAUCUUCCUCCACCUGCAAUGUGCUCAGUUCAUCCAUGCAGGCAUGCAGAAGUAAUGAAGAAGAUUAUUGAAACAGUUGCAGAAGGUGGAGGAGAGCUUGGAGUUCAUAUGUAUCUUCUUAUUUUCUUGAAAUUUGUUCAAGCAGUUAUUCCAACAAUAGAGUAUGACUAUACAAGACAUUUUACUAUGUAAUAAUUAGGAAUUAUACCACUACAAACUUAACAAUCAUGAACAACAUAACAUCUUUUUUAACAAUCUUUUCAGUAAAUGCCAUGUUAUAAUGUGCUCUAAUUCGUCGGCCAUUUCUUUAUUUUUUCUAGUCUAUGAAUGAUUAUAUAUCCAAAUAAACAGUGUUCAGUACUAGUUUUA